AUGCAACUUGUAAGAAAUUCGGCUUUCGUCUUUUUACUGCACAUAGCUAAGCGGAUACCUGGAAUUGGUGUGGAAUACUUUGAAUGCCGUGCUUCCCAAGCUUAUCGCUUACACUCCAUGCUGGACAUAGUAGGUUGCUGUAUACUCUCAUUUAUUUCACACAACAGAAUUCUCCUCCCUUUGCCUGUGAUUUCUCUCCAAGUUAGUAUUUCGCUGCACCCUAAUUUCUUAGCGUUUUCUGAUCUCAUCCUUAUUGCACAAGAAGACGGCCUAGUCCACUUAUACAAUACCUCACUAGAAGGAGCCGUUGCCUUCGUUCAAGAUUAUGAGGCUCAUGCAAACGCGGUAUUCGAUGUGAAAUGGCUCCCUUCUGGUAACGCCUUCCUUACGGCUAGUGGCGACCAAUCCAUUCGAUUGAUCGAUGCUGAACGGGGCAUUGUUCAACAGCAGUUUUUCGGCCACACAAUGUCUGUAAGGAGUCUGGCACUUAUGCCUAGUGAUAUAAGCAUACCUGGCACUCCAAGCAUUGGCUUGAUUCCACAGUGUCAUUUGCCCAAUUGGUCAGGAACUACGGAAUCAUAUAGCCCAACUUCACGACGUCCUCGCACACCGUCUCGACGAGCUUCUUGUGACGCACAGAGUGUAACUUCAGUCGUUUUUAUGAGUGAUAACACUUUACUGUCUGCUGGAUCUACAGACGGUUCCAUCAAAAUGUGGGAUCUCCGACGAGUGUUCUCUACCAACAGUGGUAAAAAGAAGGUCAAGCCUAAGUUCGUUUUUCCGUACCGGGGGAUUUCACAAAAGCGAAGUGGUUAUUCGGACUUGCGACUGGAUUCUCUUCGAACUCGUCUCUACGCAAACUGUCUGGAUAACGUAGUGUACGAAUACGACCUCACAAGACAGUCAACAAGUCCAGCAUUUGUCUACACCGGUCACCAGACGGACUCCUUUUACAUCAAGUUAGACCUAAGCCCGGACGACGGCUACCUCAUUUGCGGUAGUUCAGACCGCCGAGCACAUAUCUACGCGGUUGGCCAACGUCGUCAGUGUCCAAUCAUGCUCUCAGGCCAUAAUGGAGAAGUGAGCAUACCACGCUGGUGUCCAGGUGAUCCGACUCGAAUUGUCACGCUUUCCGAUGACUCCAGGGCGUUUGUUUGGAACAUGUUCCCAGCUCGUCGUUGUUUACUUCCGGAACCUGGUGAAGUAUCUGGGCUUGCCGAACGCCCAUCUCCUUCCAAAAUUAUGAUGAGUCCGAGCGAACAAACCAAACGCGUUCUCCGUUCUCCCCGUUUAACCCCAAAUAACAAGCCGACUGGUUCUGUGAUCACGCGUCCCGAACUCACAGGCUCACCCUCUUUGGCCGCAUCCAGACGGAGGCAGUCGAACAUUCGCUGUUUUUUGGAAACAAUUUCACCAAAAAAUCCCCAAUCCAUUGCAAGCACACAUCGCAUUUCACCGUCACAACCCAUCGGGUUUACACGCCUGCGCAACACAAAUUCCUUGACCGAAACUUUAGGUGGCGUGGUACAGCGUUUCCCGGGUAUUUCUUCAGGAUCCCAGGCUAAUGUUACGGUCAGUACUCCACCUUCUGGUUGCCACGCCGCUAGUCCCGCGGCCAAGAGUCCGUCAACACCGAGCGUAGUAAGAUCACGCCGAAUACCCAGUUCCGAUCACGAAAAUUCCGAUGAUUCAGAUAUUGAAAAUUUAAGCCCAAACUCUUCAAGACAUCGAAUGGUUUACAUCGGUCUACCUUUCGACCAGGCAGACAGUCCAGCUCUCACAAAAUCUCCAAUCAUCUGCUGUAAUACUGACUUACCUUCAUUGACUCCAGAAACACCUCCUGCCUCACGAAGAUCUCGAACCCCACUGGUCCAACAACAGUCUCUGUUUCACACACCUCAACAACGUGUAAGACUUUACCAGUAUUGGGCACACCAUUCUAUGCCUGUCUUGAGUCGUUUUUCAACUGAUACUUUAUCGUAUUCUUCUUUCAAUCAGGUCAUUGAUGAACGCUCCCCACGAUACUCACGAAAACGGCAAGGGCCCGAUAGGUAUCCGGAUACUUCGCCAACUAGUACCAGCUCACGAUUCACUGUCAGUCUACCAACCAGUAUACCAAUUGAAAAACGUCGCAGACUAACAGCUUUUACGAAAACCGAACACCCGUCGUCCCCAUCACAACCCGAUUAUGCUGCACCCUUGACUCCUACUUCCUGCAAGUGGAUGCAUCGGUCACAUUUUCACCCACCGACAGACUUUGGAACAGCGACACCCUUCCAGUGUCCAAUAACGGUCCUCUUCGACCUGAAAGCUGCCUUUGACACUGUGAACCGUCAGACACUAUGGCAGUGUGUGCAGAGGAAAGAUAUCCCCCAUAGAUUCCUAACCCUCCUAAUGACACUGUACGCCAAAUCCCGCGGACCUGUGAAGGUCUACGGGAAGCUGUCGCAUGAAAGCAUUGCCGAUCCGGUGUUCCUACCAGAUUCGGGCAAUGCUCCGAAGACAUCGAUGGUCAAAGCACCGGUGUCAUGCAGACCUUUCCUUGAAGGCGAACAGCACCAACAGCACUCAUAUUCCUUGUAG